ACCGGCCUCCGGUAGAAUUCUUCGGAAGCAUGGCUGCCAUCGGGGUGCACUUUGGAUACACAUGUGCCUGUGUUGCCGUAUUUAAGGACGGGCGAGCAGAUGUUGUGGCAAAUGAUGCAGGGGACAGAGUCACUCCAGCUGUGGUCGCCUACAGAGACACUGAACAGAUAGUGGGUAUCGCUGCUAAGCAGGGCAGAAUACGAAAUGCCACCAAUACAGUUGUCAAAGUGAAGCAGAUCCUGGGCAGAUGCUAUGAUGACCCAGAUGCUCAGGCACACAGAGAAGAAAGUAAAUGCAUUGUUGUCAACAAGAGUGACCUGCCUAGGUAUGAAAUCGACACGGGAGAAACAACCAAGUAUGUGUCGCCUGAAGAUGUAGCUAAAUUGAUCUUCCAUAAGAUGAAAGAGACGGCCCAGUCAGCCUUGGGUUCGGAUGUGAAAGAUGCUGUCAUAACAGUGCCGUUUGAGUUCGGGGAGAUGCAGAAGAAUGCGCUCAGGCAAGCUGCAGAAAGUGCCGGGUUCGAUGUGCUGAGACUGAUCCACGAACCCUCUGCUGCCCUUCUAGCUUAUGGAAUCGGGCAGGACUCCCCAUUGGGAAAAAGUCAUGUGCUAGUGUAUAAACUCGGAGGCACGUCGCUCAGCGUCACCGUCCUGGAGGUGAACAGCGGAAUGUACCGCGUCCUCGCCACACAGACGGAUCACAGGACGGGGGGAGAGAGCUUCACGCAUGAGCUCGCACAGCACCUCGCUGCAGAGUUCAAAAAGACUUUUAAGCUGGAUGUGACUGGUAACCCCAGAGCGAUGUUAAAGCUCAUGAAUAGUGCUGAUGUGGCCAAGCACACGCUUUCCACCCUGGGUAGUGCAAACUGCUUUGUGGACUCGCUCUACGACGGCAUGGAUUUUGAGUGCAAUGUCUCAAGAGCCCGUUUUGAGCUCAUAUGCUCCAGCCUCUUUAAUAAGAGCAUUCAGCCAAUUAAAGGUCUUCUUGAGCAAGUAAACCUGUCCAGCUCUGAUAUCAACAAGGUGGUUUUAUGCGGAGGUUCAGCUCGUAUCCCGAAGUUGCAACAGAUGAUCAGGGAUUUGUUCCCAGACGUGGAGCUGCUGAACUCCAUUCCACCGGAUGAGGUGAUUCCGGUCGGCGCUGCCAUGCAGGCGGGCAUCCUGGUCGGAAAAGACAGCCUGGCACUUGGAGAAGAUUCCAUCACCGUGGACUGCUGUGCCAGCGACAUCACGGCUAAGGAAGUGGAUGACUCUGGAGCGGAGGUUUUUACAGUUUUGUUUCCAUCUGGCACACCGCUCCCUGCCCGCCGCCAGCACACGCUACAGGGUCCUGGCAGUCUGUCAUCAGUGAGUCUGGAGCUGUACCAGGCACAGCGACCAAUCGCACAGAUUGUACUUAGAGACUUGGAACCUAAAGAUGAGCUGCAUGACAUUGACACAGUGCUGACAAUGAAGAGGGACGGUUCACUGCACGUUACAUGCACAGAGCAGAGCAGUGGCAGAUCCGAGGCUGUUACCAUACAAACAGCUGCUGCAGCAUCUUAACCUUGAGUCACAAUAUCAGCAGAACUCUCGUGCUGUUUGAGGUUUUCCAGUGCUCUAGAUUCAUCUAGACCUUAACUGAAGGAAACAAGUUUAAGAUCUUAUUCAGUUAAAGGAAUCGCUCACCCAGAAAAGCAAGUUAUUUUAUUGCCUUCAAGUUGUUCCAAACCCGUUAUUUUUAUUUGGUGCAAUUAUUAUUAAAGCUUUUGCCAUCCAACAACCAUUCAUAGUGACAAAAGGGGGAAAAUUAUAUGGGUUUGGAAUAUCACGAAGGGUGAGUUAAAAAAAAAAAAAAAAAGUUUCAUUUUUGUGUGAACUAUUGCUUUAAAUUAAUAUCCAGUUUUAAUUGUGUACUUUUUUUUUUUAAUGCCAGAAGUCAUCUUUUACUAUUUUUCAAGCCUGUUGUCUGUGACCAGCAGGUUUACUGUAGUUGUUCUUUCCAUGUGCCUUCAUGUACCUGCAUUACAUCAAUAGGAUUCAUAUUUGUGACAGGCUAAUUAAUUGAAGGAAUUAACAAAGCCCGUGGAGUUCACUCCUAUCAUUUAAAGCAGAACAACCUUCUCAGACGGAGGAGAGACUUUCAUUUCCUGUAGAGACUGAAGAGAAGCAUGUGCAGGUGACUGAGUUUUUAAAAAUGUUGUCAUCUGUAACCAGUAUGCAAUAAAGAGCACAGAACACAA